AUGAGUUUCACAGGGGAAGGUUCCAGUUCUGCGGUUGAUCGGAAGGUGAAGAAAGAAACAGCGAGUGUGAUUCCCGUUGAGAGAAAGCUGGUAAAAACUAUGGUCGUGAAAACCAUUAUCUCUGCCUUCAUCCCCUCUAGCUCUGGGUGUAGCCGGAGCUCCGAGCCUACUGGCAACGGUAACGGAGGACGCGUGCAUCCUACUCGUCGCUGA